UGCCAGCCCACAGAGACAGAGAGAAGAAGAAAUAUUUCCAAAUAUACCAGGCUGAUCUUUCGUAGUUUCUCAGUCUUGCUGUCUGUUGUCGUUUGAAAUCUGUUUCCCACGAGACUCUGGGAAGAUGGAGGUGCAGGGCUUGGGUAACAGCUGCCUUCCUCAGGGCUGGGUACCUGCUCUCCGAGUCUGUGUCUCCAGGCUGUGUGCUCAGACUUGACCAUGUUUGGGCAUGGAGGCUUGCCCCAGAUGGGGACCAAAAGCUGCUUCCCUGGAGACGGGCGGGGAGGCCAAACUUCCUGCUGAAGCUCUGUGGCCUCUUUUGGGGCGGGGGCUGGGGUCCAGGCAGAAAGAAACCGUCUGCUGCUGAAGACCCACAGGGCGCCGGGAAGACUAAAUGAUCACUGCCCCCAGUGAAUAUGGUGAAGAAGCUGGUGAUGGCCCAGAAGCGGGGAGAAACACGAGCCCUUUGCCUGGGUGUAACCAUGGUGGUGUGUGCCGUCAUCACCUACUACAUCCUGGUCACGACUGUGCUGCCCCUCUACCAGAAAAGCGUGUGGACCCAGGAAUCCAAGUGCCACCUGAUUGAGACCAACAUCAGGGACCAGGAGGAGCUGAAGGGCAAGAAGGUGCCCCAGUACCCAUGCCUGUGGGUCAACGUGUCAGCUGCCGGCAGGUGGGCUGUGCUGUACCACACGGAGGACACUCGGGACCAGAACCAGCAGUGCUCCUACAUCCCAGGCAGCCUGGACAAUUACCAGACGGCCCGGGCCGACGUGGAGAAGGUCAGAGCCAAAUUCCAAGAGCAGCAGGUCUUCUACUGCUUCUCCGCACCUCGGGGGAACGAAACCAGCGUCCUAUUCCAGCGCCUCUACGGGCCCCAGGCCCUCCUUUUCUCCCUCUUCUGGCCCACCUUCCUGCUGACCGGUGGCCUCCUCAUUAUCGCCAUGGUGAAGAGCAACCAGUACCUGUCCAUCCUGGCGGCCCAGAAGUAGAGCCAGCCAUGCCAUACCACUUGUCAGGGCACAGGGGACUGGCUGGGACCCCAGGGCUGCUCCCCACUUGCAGACCCAUGCCUUCUCCACCUGCCCUCCCACUCUUCCACUCCAAUCCACGCUGUCUUCUGUUGCAGGACUAACCUUUGAGAAAUCCUUUUGUGAAGUCAUUUCCUUCUCAAGAAUGUACAGUGGCUCCCCAAUGCCUUGGAGGCCAUAAGGCCAGCCAGUUCUAGCUCUCUAUUACCUGUCCCCACUCAACUGACUCAUACCUGUUUCCGGCUGCAUCACUAUGUGCCCCACAGAGAACGAUGAUCGUCACCUCUGUGCCUGAGUUCUCCCUGUUGUCUCAAAGCGGUACCCAUCCUCCCCCAGAAGCUGUCCCCAGCGAGCCUCACUUCUUUGUUUGAAUUCUCUAAUAAGAGCAACAGCAGCUCCCAUUUCUAGAACACAUUUACAGUAUUACUAUUUUCUAGGAUAUAAAGUGCCAUAUAUAUUUUUAAUUCCAACAUUAAUAAAUGUAUGCCAAACAACAAUCAGCUGCAAGGAAAUACAUGAGAACUCAUCAAAAUUUUAGCGGCGGGAUGGUGGUUAAUUUCUGUUUUCUUCCUUAUCCCCUUUUUAUUUUUGCUGCUUUUCUAAAUUUUUGAUUAUAGGAAGGGUGUGUUUCGUUUGCUUUUAAUCAGAAAAGCCACGGUAGAUGCCAUUUUGGAAAAGUUGAAAGAGUGUGUCCCCCUCACAGAAAAAGAUGGAAGUAGGUCUGGGGACGGAGUUGGGUUCCAGUCAGAGACAGGCCGUUCAGAACACACAAUCUUAAAAACCCCUCUGGGCCGGGCGCGGUGGCUCACUCCUGUAAUCCCAGCACUUUGGGAGGCCGAGGCUGGCGGAUCACGAGGUCAGGAGAUCAAGACCAUCCUGGCUAACAUGGUGAAACCCCGUCUCUACUAAAAAUACAAAAAAUUAGCCAGGCGUGGUGGUGGGCGCCUGUGGUCCCAGCUACUCAGGAGGCUGAGGCAGGAGAAUGGCGUGAACCCGGGGUUCGGAGCUUGCAGUGAGCCGAGAUUGCGCCACUGCACUCCAGCCUGGUGAUAGAACAAGACUCCGUCUCAAAAAAAAAACACAAAAAACAAAAAAUGAAAAACAACCCUCUGGAGGAAAGGUCAUGAUAUAGAGGAGGAUUUGUUAUUUAAAUUGAGGGUAUGGACUCUGGCACUGAGCCUGCUGGGGAAGCCUAUCUCAGAUUUGAAAAGGGCAAAAUGGGAAGAAGCCAUCACCUUUACCAUUCCCACUCCAUGAAGUUUUCCUAGAACGAUGACUGUCCAGGUGUGGUCCCUGGGCCAGCAGCAUCAGGAUCCUGUGGCAGCUUGUGAGAAAUGCACACUCUCAGGCCCCUGUCCCAGCCCCACCACGCCAGAAGCCCUGCACGGGGUGGGGGUAGCAAUGUUCUGUGUUCUAACAAUGCGUAGGGGAUUCUGUGGCACACCUCGAGCCGGAGAACUACCGGUGUAGGAAGUGAGCGUCCUGUCGCGAGGAUUUUCAGAGCAGAUGAGUGACCAUUCGGCAGGGCCAGUCCUGAGCUGGGUGUGAAGUUAGGCUGGUGUCUGAAGUUUCUUCCAGUGUUGUGAGUCUAAGAUGCAGCUCUUGGGUUUGAAUCCUGUCUCUACUCUGCCCGAUUUCAUCUCUUUGAUUCUUAGUUUUUUCAUCUAUAAAAGAAGGACUCUUUCUGGAUAGUUGGGAGGGCUGAAGGAAUGUUUGACACAUCAUAGGUGUUUAAAAUGGCAACUAUAGUUUUUUUUGUUUGUUUUGUGUGUGUGUUUUUUUCUUAACUUUAAGUUGCAGGGUACACGUUCAGGUUUGUUACAUAGGUACACUUGUGUUAAGGGAGUUUGUUGUGCAGAUUAUUUCAUCACCCAGGUAUUAAGUCUAGUACCCAUUAUUAAAGAAAAUGUGGUACGUAUACGUCAUGGAAUAUUAUGCAGCCAUAAAAAGGAAGGAGAUCAUGUCCUUUGCAGGGACAUGGAUGGAGCUGGAGGCCCAAUAUUAUCCUUAGCAAACUAACACAGGAACACAAAACUAAAUACUGUAUAUUCUCACUUAUAAGUGGGAGCUAAAUGAUGAAAACACAUGGACACAAAGAGGGGAACAACACACACUGGGGCCUAUUGGAGGGCGGGAGGUAGGAGGUAGGAGAGGAUCAGGGAAAAAGAGCUAUUGUUAGUAACAAGAAAAAGUCGGCCGGGCGCGGUGGCUCACACCUGUAAUCCCAGCACUUUGGGAGGCCGAGGUGGGCAGAUCACGAGGUCAGGAGAUCGAGACCAUCCUGGCUAACACGGUGAAACCUUGUCUCUACUAAAAAAUAGAAAAAAUCAUAGCCGGGCGUGGUGGUAGGCGCCUGUAGUCCCAGCUGCUCAGGAGGCUGAGGCAGAAGAAUGGCGUGAACCCGGGAGGCGGAGCUUGCAGUGAGCCGAGAUCGCUCCACGGCACUCCAGCCUGGGAAACAGAGCAAGACUCUGUCUCAAAAAAAAAAAAAAAAAAAAAAAAGAAUAAGUCAUGAAUACUCAGAAACUUCCAGAAGUUAUACUGACAAUGUUAUCUGGCAUGUAUGGGUGCUUAUUUAUUCUGUGCCAGGCACUGUACUAAUUAGUUUGCCUUGGAAAAAAAAAUGAGAUACUCCUGAACCUGCCUCAUAGAUGAUGAGAAGCAACAGAGGACAGUGGCUAAGUAUGUGGACUUGGGAUGUGCACUAUUUGGGUUCAAAUUCCAGCUGUGCUGUUCACAAGCUGGGUGACUGGGCAAAUAACCUUUCUGUGCCUGUUUCCUCGUUUGCAAAACGAAACUGAUAAUAGUAUCUUUCCAUAGAGUUUUGGCAUGAAACAAAUUUUUAUGUAAAUUUCCUAGGAUAGUGACAUAUGGUAAGUGCUAUCUAAGUUACUAUGAAAAACUGAGGCUGUAAGAGGUAACUGGCCAAGGCCAUCUGUAAAGUGAGGGGCUAGGACUCAAGCCCAGAGCUGUGUGUUCCAGUACCUGGCAUCUCAACCACAGAACUCAGCAGAGCCAGCUGUGAAGGGCUGAGGGACACAGCCACUCAAAGCCACAGGGGCCAGGCAGGGAGCUGUGUUGCAUCCCUGGAACCCAGGUGCCCUCAUGCAGGUUGGAGUUCUGAGGGGAGGCCCUGGAAUCUGCACCAGCAUCUGCCACUUCCAGCCAGGGAGCCCAGAGGUAUCCCUGUGGCCUCCAGUUUCUUACCUGGUGGACCUUCCUUCCAAAGGCAGGCAGCUCAUCAUUCCCUGGAAUUUUUUCCUUCUGGGGUCAGGGAAGUCUCAAAGGUCCGCAUGUGAGUCUUUUAAGAAAGUCUUAAUUGUAAUAUUGUACUAUAGUUUUGCAAAAUAUUAAAUAUUACCAUUGGGGACAUUAGGUAGAGGGGGCACGGAAUGUCUCUGUAUUAUUUCGUAAAGCUUCAUGUGAAUCUACAAUUAUCUCAAAAAUUUAAGUUAAAAAGGGAAGAAAAAUAAGAAAGGAAGUCCCAACUGGGAGUCUGAUUUAAAGGGUCUAUUUUGUCAAUGGUUUCCAUGCACCUGAAUUUGGGACUAAAAUACACAGAAACUCAGAAUACCCAAACAAUCCCUGCAGGGGAAAAGGCCAUGUUCCUCUAGAAAAAUUAGUAUGUGAGGAUGCCUAACCCCCACUGUCCCAUAAAUUAUUAAUGAUGACCUUCAUUUGCUUGAGACAGAUGUUCUCCUCCUGUCAAUAAAGACUGGCCUUCUAGCAAAUGCCACAACUGUCUGCUGCUCACAGAACUUUAUGCACGGGAUAAGCAUGAAAUAAUGGGAAUUUAGGCAUGAUGGAGUUAGACCCUGUGCCUACGUGUUUUUUUGCAAUAAUAUCUGCCUGGGAGCAGAGAACCUUCAUCAGUUCUUAAUAAACCACUCUGCUAA